AUGUCGGACGUCAGCGGAACGCCGGCAGUUCCCGCCGCGUUCAUCGCGUCGGCAGUGGCGGAGAAGGACGAGGACAAGGAGUCGAGCGCUUCAGCUCGGUACCAGAUUCACACAUCUCAGGGUUCGGUGCUCGGUGUACCUCAGACUGACUGCGACAGUCCGGUUCCGGACGCGAACGGCGCGGCGCAACCUGCCACGGGAUUGAGUCUCUCCGGUACAGACGGCUCGGGCGCGGCGGAUCCCCGGUCUUUCGCGGCGGUCACCCGCGAGCGGACGAUCGGCGUCGCCGCCGACGUCCCCGGUCUCGUGUCGUCCAGCGGCUGUGCAGAAGUCGUCAAGAUCAAGGUGGUGAUCUACGGAGGGCAAAACAUGGAUGGAAAAAAGCUGUACUGCAAGUUCUACCACGGCAGCUGCAAGCACAAGACGUCGACGGCGGUCGCGCGGCGGAAUCCAGAGUGGAAAGAGUGGUUCUCCAUCACUCACUUGGUCAGCAAGCAGUCGCCGGUCCUCCGCAUCGAGAUCUGGGGUGGCGGCUUUCUCGGCAAAGAAGUCAAGGGAUUCUGUGACGUGGACCUUUCUCCCGUGCUCCACGAUCACGUCCUCGUCGACGGCCUGUACGACGUGCGCGGCUGUGGGGGCCAACUCCGCGUGAAGCUUAUCAACAUGGAUCUCCUGCCGCGCUGGGAACGGACGAUUGCAGCGGAGGCCGCACUGCAUGCAAUCGGCGAGGAAGACCCCGAAGGCGUCCUCGCCCUCAUGAUCGACGACCUCAAGCGCAUUUUCCCCGCAGUGCCCUACAAGGAAAUCGCCCUCACCCUUCGAGCCCACGACUGGCGACGCACCUUCGCUACCAACGAGCUGAGAAUCACCGGCGGGAAAAGAGCGCAAACUAUCGCAAACCUCAGGAAACAACGCCCGAUCGCCGUCGGCGACCCUGGACAAGGCUGCGUCAGUCUCGGUCUCGGAUCGUCCGGCGAAAACGCAAAACACGAAUCAUUUAUGGAGAGAAAGAAACGCCAGCAGAUUCGGGAGGUGGCGAAGAUGUUGCCGGAUGUCGAUCUGGAAGAAAUUGAGCACACGUUGCGAACGAACAACUGGAAUGUAUGCGCUGCUGUCGACGAGUUGAUUCUCGCACACCGCGAAACCGACAUGCCGACACAACAGAAGGGCGAUGGCGUUCGAAUCACCAAACUCGAUACUACCGCUCAAGCAGGCGGAUUUGUGGCAGUCGAACAACACCACGGCUUGGAGGUUCGCCACUCGUCUGCGCUUCCUCCCCAACGAUCAGGAGUCGGCGACAAGAAAUUUCGACAGCGCGUCAUGAUGUUCGAGAGAGAAAAAGAGAUUUAG